AUGCCGGAUGAUCCAGAGAACCAACCUGGACUGCCACCAACGUAUUUAAAACCACCACUUAGACCAGAACUUGUACGUUCAAAGACUGAUUCUUAUACAAGAGUUAAUAUUGGAAACGAUGGCAAUGAUGAUGACUCAGAUCAAGAUGAAACUUCGAAUUUGCUGACUCGCAGGUCGACCCCAGUUUCACCUGGGAGGGGGAUCAAACGUGGCAGAGCAAAACGAAGAUUGAGCCAAUUGUUCUUGUCAACUCGAAACACAACUACAGAUUUCCUUUCAUUGGUAUCUCCAUCUGCAUCUUCAUAUAAUCUACGAACACCUCGUAUACAAGAUUUCGACGUUAAUCCCCUGAACGUGUCGUGGACUAAUGUCAGCUCGUUAGGUAAUGGUUAUGGUACUACGGAUGAUCCUAAUACGCUGACACCACGCCGGGUGGUUUCAACUGUGGAAGAGAGUAAGGCCUCGACGGACCGACGUGGAUUCUAUGACGAUUUUACCACGGUAGAUUGGAUCCAUGACACUGUGAUUGAGUCGUCUCGUCGAAGUACCUUAAAAGCACUGCCGGGAUUAAGAGGAAAGUUCAUUAGACUUUUCGAUGCCUUUCAAGGAUGGCUCCUUAUAACAAUUGUUGCAUUUGCAUUUACCUUAGUAGCAUAUAGCAUUGAUGCUUGCGAGAGCGUUUUAUCAGAUCUACGGCAUGGCUAUUGUUCUACAAACUGGUUCACCCGUGAAGCUUUGUGUUGUCCAGACGUAGAACGGUUUGGAUCUUGUCCAGCAUGGGUUUCUUGGUCUCAAUACGGAGGAGUACUUUCUGGCGACAACGGCCUUGCGUUUGAUUUUGUUGCCUACUUGGCAUUGACCAUACUAUUUGCAUAUAUCUCGGUCACCUUGACUCUGAGAACAAAGACUGACAUUCCCCUAGAAGAUAGGAAUUCCGCAUUAUCUAAAGAAAAGAAACCGUCCCUAGCAACACAGGGUGCAGUGUUAGGGGAAUCGUCUGCAUCGGUACCUGUGACCGACUCGUCACCACAGUCUAAGACGACCCAAACUAACGAGCCAGCUGAACCUAGCAGGAGAGUUAUUUAUUCAGGAACUGGCAGUGGAGUGGCCGAAGUAAAGACCAUUCUCUCUGGAUUCAUUAUCAGAAGAUUCUUGGGAACAUAUACACUUGUUCAUAAAUCGAUUGGCCUGAUAUUCUCCAUUUCAUCUGGCCUUAGCGUGGGCAAAGAGGGUCCCUAUGUUCAUCUUGCAGCCUGUGUGGGAAACAUCGCUUGUCGUCUAUUCAAAAAAUUCAGCACAAAUGAAAUCAAACGUCGUCAGGUAAUUUCUGCUGCCGCCAGUGCUGGUGUAGCCUUGGCUUUUGGAAGUCCUCUUGCCGGAGUUCUCUUCAGUUUGGAAGAAGUUAGCUACUACUUUCUUCCUCACCAACUAUUCCGGAUUUUCUUUUGUGCUAUGAUCUCUGCGCUGUUUCUGAUAUUUAUGGAUCCAUACAAGACUGGUAAAAUUGUUCUUUUUGAGGUGACCUAUGAUCAAAACUGGCAGUUAUGGGUGAGUUUUACGCUGGUGGCUGUAAAUGAAAAAGCACUAACGAUUUAG